AUGAAUCGCGGUCCGGGUUAUUGGAAAGGCUUGAGGGGUUCUCGAGCCGCGUUUAAGAAGCAGGCCAAGUUCAAGGCGUGCCAGUCCAUACUCCUCUGCAUUCUCAUCUUCUUCGUCCUGCAUGUGAUUUUCACGUCAACCAGGAGGUCCGCGUCAACGCAGGCAGUGAACAAGCUCAAGAGCCUCACUAAGCGUCUGCCUGAGGGGGGGGCGAGCAGCCGUUUGGCCACAGCAACACAGGCUAUUCAGCAGGAGAUCAGUGAGUGGCGCCUCUCCCCUGCCUCCUUAAAUUCGCCCUCGUUUCUUUCUCUCGUCAACACUUCAUCCGACUUCUGUCCGAAUUGCACUGUGUUUCUCGUCCCGUCCCAUUUCAGUGGGCGCAAUGAUUGCCCUUCACACGCCCCACGCCCCUUCACAUCUCUCACGCACAUCCCCUCUCAUUCCUCGUUUGCCUCAAACACCUCUGAUCACGCCCGUGCAGCUUAUGACGACGCAGGUGGCGCUGGGGAAAUGGCCGCGGCGGUGGGGGGAGGAGGAGCGCGCGGAGUAGGAUUGGGGGGAGGGGGAUUGGUGGGAGGGCAGGCGACAGGUGAGGUGACGGGCGGUGUAGCGGGGGGUGCGGGAGGAGAUACAGGGAGUGGAAUUAGAGGAGACACAGGGGCGGAGGCAGGGCGAGGAGCAGAAGACGGGAGUGGGGUUGAGGUGGAGGAGGAGGAGGAGGGGGACGGAGCCCACCACAGGGACCGAGGGUGGGAUGACAGCAGAGGGCGGGAGGAGGGCGCAGGACAGGAGGAGAGGGGAGGGCAGGGGGAGCGGGCAGGGCUGCAGGAAGGGGGAGGGCAGUGGGAGGGGCAAGGGCAGCAUGAGGGGGGAGCAGGGGACGGGGCGGAGGGGGGAGCAGGGGACGGGGCGGAGGGGGAUGACGUGGAGGAAGGGAAUGGGCAGGAGAAAUCGGAGGAGGAGAAGCAGAGGGAACUGGAGCUGCUACAGGGGCUGCUUAAAGCGGAGAUGGACGCGCAGGGUGGGGGGAGAUAUGGGGGUGAGGGGAAGGGGGGCCAUGGGGGGAAGGAGGGGAACGAGGGAAAGGGGUCAGGUGAGGUAGGGGGGGAUGGUGGGAAGGAAAGGGAUGAUGAGGAGGAGGAGGACCCGGAUGAGACAGAGCAAUGGGGUGAGGGGGCAGAACGAGUGGGUGGAACAGGGGAAAAAACUGAGAGGGAGAGGAGCGUGAGGGAAGGAUCGAGGGAUAAUGGCGUGGAUGGUGGUGGUAGUGGGGAUGGUGGUGGCGGUGGGUACAGCGGCAAGAUGGCAUCAGACUCGACAGGGAAGGCAGUAGUGGGUGGGGGUGGGGGAACAGCACGGGCAGAUGGUGGUGGGGCGCAUGGGGGGAGCAAGUACGAUGAGUGGGAGGAGGGGGUAGUGGCGCGCUCACUGGGCACAGAGGAGGGGCGAGGGCGAGGGUCAGGGGCUGCGAGGGAGACAGGGAUUGGCAGGGAGAUAGGGCGUGAGGAUGCAGGAGGGAAGGAGGGGCGAGAAGGGGAGGGGGGGACCAUGGGGCAUGCGGUUGGGGAGGAUGCUCAUGAUACUACUGGUGAUGCUGAUGCUCAUGAUUCUCAUGAGGCGGCUGGUCAUGCUGAUGCUGCUGGUGCUGCUGGUGGCACCAACGCGUUGCGGGAGGGAAGCACAGAGCAUGGUGUGAAGCCUGAGGAGGGCGGACAGGUAGUGCACAGAGGGGAGGAGAGAGGAGUGGGGGGAGAGGGGCCAGAAGAGGAGGGAUCAGACGAGGAGGGGGGAGAAGUUGAGGAGGGCACGUCCGUGGCAGUGGAGAGGGGCCAGUCUGACCAGCGCAAGCAGCUGAUGGAGCAGGAGGCUGCCAGAGACAGCUUGCCAGUGGCAGGUUACAGAGGGGCAGCAGCAGCAACAGCAGCAGCAGCACAUGUGCAGCGGGCAGGAGACAGAGGUGCGACAGGGGAGGAGGGCACGUCCGUGGCAGUGGAGAGGGGGCAGUCUGACCAGCGCAAGCAGCUGAUGGAGCAGGAGGCUGCCCGCCGCAGCGUGCCCCUGGCAGGUUACAGAGGGGCAGCAGCAGCAUCAGCAGCAGGGCUGGUGGGUGAUAGAGGCGCGGCGGCAGAUGUGGGACAGGUAGGAGAGAGAGGGGCGGUAGCACAUGAAGGACAGGUGGCAGGCGCAGGGCAGGUGGGAGAAAGUGGGGUGGCAGGAGGUGUGGGGCUGGUAGGGGGUGCCGGAAGGGAAAUGGACGGAUCCUUGAGUGGAGAAACACCAGCAGCUGCAGCAGAGGCAGCAGCAGCAGCAGCAGCAGCGGGAGGGAACAGCAAAGCAGGCAGUAACGGGCUGGGGUGGGUUAUCAAGAGGAGAGGGCGUUUCAAUGGUCCUGAGGAGGUUCUGUCUGGUGCAGGUCGGACUGACGGCUCAGCUGCUGCUGCUGCUGUUGAAGGAAGAGCAGAUACAGGAACAUCUACAGGAGCAGCAGCAGGAGCAACAAUGGCAAGGGGAGAAGCAGGAGAGGGCGCAGCAGAGGCAGCAACAGCAGGAGUUAAAGCGGUGGAGGUGGAUGAGGAGAGGGGGGAUGUGCAGGUGCCGGUGGUUGUGAUUGUAUUGAAGCCUCGCGUGGGCAAGUGUGCUCCUGGCACCGCACUGCACCGAGCACCUCGCCCCAUCAUGUGCUGCAGGUGGGCUCACCCCCCAUCCCCUUCCCCAUUCCCCCCAAUCCCCAUCCGCAUCCCCAUCUCCCCUCCCACUCUUACCACACCUCCCCUCUCUCCCCCCUCUCUCCCAUGCACCCCCCCCUCCAUUCACCCUUGCCACCCCCCCUCUUCCCUCCUGGGGGUGGCAUUCACGCGCUACGCCCUCUUCAAUCGAACCAUUUUCCCCUCCCGCCCGCACAGCAAGCUCGCCAGCGCAACAGUCAAGUGCACCUGGUGGGCCCGCGCGAGUGUGCAGCAGCAGCGGCCGGCCUGGGCGCGGCAUUCACUCGUUAUGCUCUCUUCAACCAAACCAUCUCCGCCUUCCGCUCCUCCUUUGGCACUCCUCGCACCGACCUCGUGA